AUGCUGAGCUCAGGUCUUCCUCCUGUUUUCCUGUUGCUCACAGCGCUGGAGCUGAGCUGGUCCCUGAGCGAUGAAGAAAAGAAGAUAAUAUUGGAUGGGCAUAAUAAAUACCGCUCCCAGGUCUCUCCUCCUGCUAUGGAUAUGCUGAAGAUGAGCUGGGACACGGAGCUGGAGGCCUUUGCUCAAGCCUACGCAGAGAAGUGCAUCUGGGACCACAACAAGGAGAGGGGCCGACGGGGGGAAAACCUCUUUGCUAUGGCCCCAACCCUAGACCUGGAAUUUGCCGUGGAAGACUGGAACGGGGAGGAGAAAUACUACAACCUGACGACUUCUACGUGUGUCCCCGGGCAGAUGUGUGGCCACUACACCCAGGUGGUCUGGGCAAGCACGCAUCAGAUUGGCUGCGGGGCAAAAUUUUGUGAGAAGAUCGAAGGAAUCGAAACAGAGGACAUGUACCUGCUUGUUUGCAACUAUUAUCCCCCGGGUAAUAUGAAAGGCCGAAAGCCGUACAAGGAAGGACCCUCAUGCUCACAAUGUCCCGAGGACAGAGUCUGUGUCAACUCCUUGUGUGAACCCACUGUAGAAGAGACCACUCCAGCCCCUGUGACAACAAAGGCAAGCCCAUCCACCCCAACCACAGCCAUGCCAAAACCCACCACCACAGCCAAACCAGAACCCGCAACACCAGUGCCCACCACAGCCAUGCCAAGACCCACAACCACACUUCCAACCACAGCCAAGCCACCACUCACAACCGUGAUCCCAACCACAGCCAAGCCACCACCCACAACCACGCUCCCAACCACAACCACACUCCCACCCACAACCAUGCUCCCACCCACAGCCAAGCCACCACCCACAACCACGCUCCCAACCACAACCACAGCCAAGCCACCACCCACAACCACGCUCCCAACCACAACCACGGCCAAGCCACCACCCACAACUACGCUCCCAACCACAACCACACUCCCACCCACAACCAUGCUCCCACCCACAGCCAAGCCACCACCCACAACCACGCUCCCAACCACAACCACAGCCAAGCCACCACCCACAACCACGCUCCCAACCACAACCACAGCCAAGCCACCACCCACAACCACGCUCCCAACCACAACCACAGCCAAGCCACCACCCGCAACCAUGCUCCCAACCACAACCACAGCCAAGCCACCACCCACAACCACGCUACCAACCACAACCACAGCCAAGCCACCACCCACAACCACGCUCCCAACCACAACCACAGCCAAGCCACCAUCCACAACCACGCUCCCAACCACAACCACAGCCAAGCCACCACCCACAACCAUGCUCCCAACCACAACCACAGCCAAGCCACCACCCACAACCACGCUCCCAACCACAACCACAGCCAAGCCACCACCCACAACCACGCUCCCAACCACAACCACAGCCAAGCCACCAUCCACAACCAUGCUCCCAACCACAACCACAGCCAAGCCACCACCUGCAACCAUGCUCCCAACCACAACCACAGCCAAGCCACCACCCACAACCACGCUCCCAACCACAACCACAGCCAAGCCACCACCAGCAACCAUGCUCCCAACCACAACCACAGCCAAGCCACCAUCCACAGCCACACUGUCAACCACAGCCAAACCACCCACAACCAUUCUCCCAACCACCACACCCAAGCCACCACCACAGCCAAAACCCGCAACACUAGCACCCAUCACAACCACAGCCAAGCCAAAACCUGCCACCACACUCCCAACAACAGCCGCAGCCAAGCCAAAACCCACAACACCAGCAGCUACCACAGCCAUGGCCAAGCCAAAGCCCACCAUGCUAAUAACCACCACGCAAAAACCCACCACAACUGCUACCACUAAGCCAACAUCCACCACACCAAAACUCACCACAACCACAACAGCCAAACCGACACCCACCACACCAACAACCACAACAACCACCACUACUGCCAAGCCAACACCCACCACACCAAAACCCACAACUACCACUACCGCCAAACCAACACCCACCACAACCACCACAACGGCCAAGUCGACGCCCACCACACCAAAACCCACCACAACCACUACUACAGCCAAGCCAACACCCACCACACCAAAACCCACCACAACCACUACUACAGCCAAGCCAACACCCACCACACCAAAACCCGCCACAACUAGUGCCAAGCCAACAGCCACCACAAUUACAGCCAAGCCAGCACCCACCACACCACAACACACAACUAUGGCCAAGCCAACACCCACCACACCAAAACCUACCACAACUAUGGCCAAGCCAAAACCCAUCACAACCACCACUACAGCCAAGCCAGCACCCACCACACCAAAACCCACCACAGCCGUGGCUAAGCCAAAACCUGCCACAGCUACAGCCAAGCCAACACCUACCACACCAAUAUCUACCACCACUACCGCCAAGCCAACACCUGCUGCUACAACAUCAGCAAAGCCAAAACUCACCACUACAACACCAGCACCUACCCCAACAGCAAAAACGCAACCGAAAACUGUCACAACCACAAAGCCAGAACCCACUGAAACAGAAAGACCCAAUCCUACUGAGGCAACUGGGCUAACUCGUUCCUUUGAGCCCACAUUAGACCUGGAUUAUAAAGUAUCUCCAGAAGUAGAGGUAGACACCGGAGAGUCUGUUAGCCCCUUAACUACAGAGGAUCCGGCCUUAUUAGAAAGCAUGGGCACAACCUUCAGCCCCAAAUCAGUCCCAGAAACAAAUAAAGGUGUCAAAGAGGACAGGAAAGGGAAAUCAGCCUUUUCCAGCCCACCUCCAUCCCUCAGCCAAAUUGUUCCAGAGAUCAAGUUAGGUUUCAAUAAAGUGGAGCUCAUAACUCCCUCAAAGUCAGUGGUCUUCAGCCCUGAAGAGCCCACCUUCUUGCGCUUAACAUCAUCUUCCAAAGAACAAAAAGGGCAGAGCCCUGCUUUCCAGACCUCCCUCUCAGCAGAUGCCCUGGACACUGAAGAACUGGAGACAAACUCAGACCAGACAAGCAUGGACCAGCCCACGGCUGGAGCACCCAGUACCUGCUUGGGGCUUUCACUCUUCCUCCUACCCAGUGUCAUCCUGGUGGGCCUUCUGCUUUGAAUGGUCUUUCUCAGCUGUCCCUGCACCAGUCACCAAGGCUUUUUUCAGCAUUGGUUGUUCCACAACCCUGGUAGGCUCGGGAGACACCUCGGACACUUCAGGUUGACACGCUCUCUUCUUACGCUGCCUUAACCUGCUCCAGCCCCGAUGAGCCAAGGGCAGCUGGCAGUCCCAUGGGAACUUGGUCCCCUUCCUGAGGAGACCCAAGGGCAGGAGGGUGUCUGCCGUAAUGCUGGUGACCUUGGACGCUUCUCCUUUCUUCCCAGCCAGCCUGGGCUUCUGGUCCAUUUCCAAACUGGAAGUGAUGAGCUAUCCCACCCGCUGGUGUGGCUGGCAGGCCCCACUGCACCAUGUCCCCAGGGAAGGCAGAAUGACCCUGAGUGGCGAUGAGACAUGGUCAUUGCUUUUGGUGUUUGUCUGUAGAUGAGACAUGGUGGUUGGGUUUGGUGUUUGUCAGGAUGAGUUUCCAACAAAAAUGCUCUUUUUCCUCCUGAUGUGUCUGUUUGUCUCAAUUUUGGAGAAGUUUCAUCUCUUCCCUCCUUGUCCAAAAAGAGUGGCUUUUUUUUU